GGCAAACUCGUUUUUCUCGGGCGCACUGACUUUAAAGAGGGCCUCUGGGCUGGCAUUCGCCUUGAUGAGCCCAAGGGGAAGAACGACGGUGCGGUCGGCACCCGUCGUUACUUUACGUGCCCGCCCAAGCAUGGCAUCUUUGUGCAGCCU